AUGCCUAACCAAUGGAUGCCGACUUCGCCUCUUGAGGAGAUUACGCCUCACAUUCUGCGCCUUUGGAAAGCUCGUCAGACUGACAAAAUGAUUGUAGAAAACUUGCGGAAGGUGAUUGAUACAUCCCACUAUGGAAUAGGUAUUACGAAGUUCAAGGAGAUACAUAAUGCCAUGGGACUUCAGUGUACUCGGCAGCAGAACCAUUCUAUUGAAACUAUCUGUGAUGCCAUGGUGGACCUUCGUGAGGCAUUUCCAAAUGCUGGUGCACAAGAAAUGGUGUCCCUGCUCUUUCAUGAGAAGGAUAUGAGCGUGUCGAGGAACAUGGUCAUUUCUUACUUUGCCGCAUAUGAGGCAGGCCAUGUGCAUCAGCAGAAAGCCCACCGGCUUCAGCGGAGAUGCUUCUGGGCUGCUGGUGUGAACGACUUGUUCGCUGUCGAUCAGCAUGAAAAAUGGCUUCGGUUUGGUCUCACGCUACACACAGGGAUAGAACCUUUCUCCAGUCACGUUCCAAUGAUCACUCAAAGUGACCCAGGAUCUGAGAACUACGGAAUUGCUAACACACACACCAUGCUGCAUCAAAUGUAUGAUUCAUCGCUUCAAGGCACAUUGCAGCACCGGUGGAUGCGCACCAAAAAGAAUGUUAUGCCCAAGGUUUCCUGGUCUCAAUUACACCGUCGUUUUACUCCUGGUUAUGAAACACUGUUGGACGAAGGCGUGGAAAGCAGUUGGUAUGACAGCGAUAAUGUUCUUCAGGUCAUGACCGCGUCAAUAAUACUGCAAAUAGACGCCAAGAUUCUCCCUCAUGGCAUGCCAAAUCUAAUAUAUGACUCCCCUGAAGACUUUGGGGCAAUGGAUUUCAAGGCGAGUUUCAUUCUUCCUAGUACUAAUCAUGUACAACGCACAUAUGUCAAACCCAACCAUCCAGUAUUCGACUUGGUGCCUCAACCACUUGAUCAAUUUAUUCAACAUUGUUAUGAUGAUCUUGGUCGGCCGCCAGUCACCGGCCAAACAGCCUGGCACAUCUACUUAAAUUUGCUUCACUCUAUCCGACUUGCUGAACAGUUGCCGCCGAUGGUUGAUGGUGAUGUUGAUGAAGGCCACUUGCCUCUCCUCGAACAUCAGAGGGAGUUGUUAUGUGCCGAUGAUGCUUACUACAUGGGUGGUGUACAUGGAGGACUAGGUCUUGAUGCAUCUGACCAUCGCCAACUGGAUUCACUCGUCGAGCAGGAUGAACCGGACCCAUCUUUAUUGCCUGCUGAACAAGUUGUUGAAGAGGAGGGGUUAGUUGCUUGGUUUUCUGACAAGGAGGAGGAGGAUGAAACAUAUGAGUGGUAA